UUCAUUUUAAGACACAGCAAAAAAUUCACACAAUCUCAGCAGAAAAGGAGAGAGUUUUAUCAUCAGAAUGGCAUGCAUAGAGAGAGCAUCUCCAGCACUCAAGCAAAUACUGCUCAAACUGUACUGUGGGAAAAGAAUCAGAACAUAACAUACGAGUGCUGAGAAGCCCCUCGAGAUUGAUCAUCACUUAUACGAAUUUGGGUCAGUGGAGUACCAUAUUCAGUCUCAAGCCUCUAAUCCACAAGUAGCCUACUUGUCAAUAUCAAUGCCACCUCUUUGCCAUGGGGUCCUACCAAAUGAACUUUCAUCAUACACCAUUGAAAUGGUAAAGGGACUUUGUCCUAAUGUUGUGGAAAUUGCGGAGCCUGCCAAGGAAGGAUAUCAGCUUACUCUGAAGCUUAAACUCAAUGAGAUCCCGAGAAGCAAAGACCAUGUCAAGGUCAUCAGGGAGAUUUCAACAGUUCAUUCAGUAAUUUUGAGUUCACAGCUGAAAGAAAUAUUGUGGAAUGUGAAUUCCAAUGAUGCAAUUCAGGGGAUGUACAAACCCAUCAAACUAGUCUACCAUCCAAGGGAACCAUUCUUUCUCAUCAGGCAGCCACAAAGAAUCAUAGCAGUAUUCCCAAUUCGUUUCAGAGAAAAAUCAGAUGUGAUUAUUGCUACAGCUUUCUUUCAGGAGCUUGUGGAUGUUGGAAGUUCAGAUAAAUGGGCCAAGGCACCACCAUGCACCUGGUCAGCCAUUCCUCCACCAGAGCUGAGAGGAGAGGCUUUCGAGGAUUUGAGUACCAAUGGAGGCUUUUUCACUAUUGAUAUCUCUUCUCGGCAUGUUGAAGGCAAUAGACUAGACAAAACUGUCUGGAAUCUCUUAAAUUUUAAUGCCUAUGUUAAAAACCAUGUAAAGAGCACCAAAGGUUUUAUUCAGAGAAGGAUGAGGAAACGUUUGGAAAAUUUGGUCGAGGUCUUGCACCACACAAACUUGGAAGAAAAUGAACAAACGAAACAACAUCAAGGAUGUAGGUAUACAAAGAAGUUGAUAAGAUCAUCAAAGUAUAACAUAUUGAAACAAAGAUGGGGCACCUUUGGAAGAAAAAUAAAGAGGAUACGUUUCAGACUUAAAAUUCAUGGAUUUACACGCUUUCGUCAACGAUGGUUGAGGUUCCCAAAAUUUCCCUCAACAGGAUAUACAAAAAUAGAGUAG